UAAACUGUAAAAAGACUAUUUUUAUUUUCACAGCUUAAACUUGCGUGAGUUUAAAUUUGCUCAGACUCUGAUUUUUGCACUAGAUGAGAUUAACAACAGCACACAACUGUUGCCUGGUGUCACUUUGGGCUAUAAAAUAUAUGAUGCCUGUGGCUCUGUAUCUCAGACUGUCUUAUCAAGCAUGGCUUUAAUGAAUGGCUAUGAAGAGACUUUGCAUGAUGAGUCCUGUACUAAACCACCAUUUGUUCAUGCCAUCGUUGGAACAUCAAGCUCUUCUCCCACUAUUGGUAUGGCCUCUUUAGUAGGUCCAUUCAGCAUCCCUGUUGUAAGAACUCUUUUUUUCUGUCACACAUUAAAUUAAUUCAUGAUAACCUGAUCCUCUUUAGGAACCUUGUUUCAAUGAAAAUGUAACUCCAUUACAACUGUAAAUAUGAAAAGUACUAUGUCAUGUACAUUAUUUGUAUAGCAGUGAUAAAUAGUGGAGUAAAAACUCUUAUUUCUCGUUUUUUGCAGAUCAGUCAUUUUGCCACAUGUGCAUGCCUGAGUGACAUAAAAAGAUUCUCAUCCUUCUUCAGAACAAUACCCAGUGAUUAUUACCAAAGCAAAGCUCUGGCUCAGCUUGUCAAACACUUCGGCUGGACUUGGCUUGGAACGGUGAGGAGUCGCAAUGACUAUGGUAACAAUGGAAUUGCAGCAUUUGAAAAGAUGGCAGAACAAGAGGGGAUUUGUAUUGAAUACUCAGAGGCCAUAACUUUAACUGAUCCAUAAGAGCAGCUCCUAAAGACACUGGAAGUUAUUAAAAAAGCCACAGCCAGGGUGGUGGUGGCUUUUAUCUCAUCUGCAGAUUUUAUUCCCCUCCUGAAAUUAAUAGCACAAGAGAACAUCACUGGGCUGCAGUGGGUCGCCAGUGAAUCCUGGAUCACUUCUCAAGUUAUAGCCGACAAAAAAGAAUUCAGUUUUCUCACAGGAGCUGUGGGCUUCGCUGUAGUGAAUGCCAAAAUCAAUGGCCUACGAGAGUUUCUAGUAACUGUGCACCCUGAUCAAGAACCAAAAAGUGAACUUUUGUUGGAAUUUUGGGAAACUGUUUUUCAGUGCUCUUUCAGAAACACCGGCAGUGGGACACGUGUCUGUACUGGCUCAGAACGCUUAACAGAACUACAAAAUGAAUAUACUGAUGUAUCAGAGCUGCGCAUAGCAAAUAAAGUGUACACGGCAGUGUAUGCUAUCGCAAAUGCACUACAUAAUUUAAUAAAUGAUGUCAAAUCUGCCACCAACAUCAGCAAAGGAGAUCUGCUCACACCACAAAAGGGGUGAUCCAGUGGCAAAAUAUGAUCUGGUGAACUGGCAGCCUGCUGAAGAUGGAAGUCUGCAGUUUAAACUUGUUGGUGUGUAUGACAGCUCACUGCCUUCAGAGACACUCCUUCAAGUUGAUCAAGAAAUCAUGGUAUGGGCUGAAAACAGCAGACAGGUGCCUGUGUCUGUGUGCAGUGAGAGUUGUCCUCCUGGCACCAGGAAGGCUGUACAGAAAGGAAGACCUGUCUGCUGUUAUGACUGUAUUCCAUGUGCAGAUGGAGAAAUCAGUAAUGAGACAGAUUCUAGUGACUGCUUUCCUUGUGAUUUGGAGUAUUGGUCCAAUGAAAACAGAAACAGAUGUGUAUUAAAAGUCAUUGAAUUCCUUUCCUAUACAGAAAUCAUGGGGAUUGUGCUUUCUAUUUGUUCUGUCUUUGGAGCAUUAUUAAGUAAAAUGGUAUCUUUUGUGUUUUAUCUUAAAAAAGAAACACCUAUCGUGAGAGCCAACAACUCAGAGCUGAGCUUCCUGCUGCUCUUCUCAUUGGCUCUGUGUUUUCUCUGUUCACUUACUUUCAUUGGUCGCCCCACUGAGUGGUCCUGUGUGUUACGUCACACAGCGUUUGGGAUCACUUUUGUCCUCUGUAUCUCUUGUGUUCUGGGGAAAACAAUAGUUGUGUUAAUGGCCUUUAAGGCCACACUUCCAGGAAGUAAUGUCAUGAAAUGGUUUGGGCCUGUACAACAGAGACUCAGUGUUGUUUCUCUAACUUUAAUACAGGUCAUAAUUUGUGUGCUUUGGUUAACAAUAUCUCCUCCUUUCCCACAUAACAACAUGAACUAUUACAGAGAAAAGAUCAUCCUGGAAUGUCAUGUAGGUUCUGAUGUUGGUUUCUGGGCUGUUCUUGGUUAUAUUGGUCUGUUAUCAAUCUUGUGUUUUGUUUUAGCUUUUCUGGCCCGGAAGCUGCCUGAUAACUUCAAUGAAGCUAAAUUCAUCACAUUCAGUAUGCUCAUAUUCUGUGCUGUGUGGAUCACAUUUAUACCAGCUUACAUCAGUUCUCCUGGAAAAUUUACUGUAGCCAUGGAGGUAUUUGCUAUGUUAGCUUCGAGUUUUGGUUUGUUAUUUUGUAUAUUUGCCCCCAAAUGUUACAUAAUUUUGUUAAGACCUGAGCAAAAUACAAAGAAAAAUAUGAUUGGAAAAACAUGAAUAUGAACAUGAACAUGCAAUUUGACAAUGCUGAAAUAAAAUGAAGCACAUUUCUGUCAUCAACACAAGUAAACAACAUAAAAUUAAUAAAAUAUGUUUCGUUUUUUCUUUUGUAUGGCUUAAUAAAUCUUUCAAGCACAAAUGUAGUAUGUGUGGUUCUGGCUUGGCAGUCUGAGGUUCAUGACUGGAAAAGUUAGAAUUUUAUGGUCUUGACAAAUAUCAAAAUCACACACACUAUAGUGACUGUACAGUAAAUGCAUGAAUAUACAGGUCUUAUCAUGUAUAUUAUGGUGGCUACAUAUAGCAAUACAUCUGUUAGGGUUGUCUGACCCAUG